AUGGAGGACAGUCUGUACGAUGAGUUCGGAAACUAUCAAGGCCCCGACAUAGAUGACGACGAGGAUGAAGAAGAUGACGACCUCCUCGGAGGCUUAGACGAGGAGGAGAAAGGCAAGGGAGAUGAUGAUGGCACCGGGGUGGGUGACGUGCCCAUGGAGGGCGUUGAGGCGAGUGGUGACAGGCAGAUCAUUCUGCACGAAGACAAGAAGUAUUACCCGGAUGCAGAAGAAGUCUACGGCGACGCAGAAGCUUUGGUCCAGAUGGAAGACACCCAGCCUCUGACGGAUCCCAUCAUCACGCCUGUUCAGUCCAAAAACUUCGAUCUCUUGGAGAAGAAGAUGCCGGACACGACCUUUGACUUCAAUUUCCUCGCUGCCAUGAUGGACAAGCCCAACUUGGUUCGCAACAUUUGUUUCUUGGGUGCCAUGCACCAUGGGAAGACCACCUUCAUGGACCUCCUCGUGCUGAACACUCAUGAAAAGGACUGGAAGGUGGGAAAAGAGAUACGCUACACGGACUCCAGGCAGGACGAGCAAGAUCGCGGCAUCACGGUGAAAGCCUCCUCCAUGAGCUUGGUCUUGCAGGAUUCCAAGGACAAGUCCUACCUCUUUCAUGCGAUGGACACUCCUGGCCACAGCAACUUCCAGGACGAAGUGAUAGCAGCUCUGGCUUUGGCUGAUGGCGUCGUUCUGGUGGUUGACGUGGUUGUCGGCCUCACCCAGCACAUCGAGAGAAUGCUCAAACACGCUUUUCAGGACAACCUCAAAGUAGUUCUCGUCAUUAACGGCCUCGAUCGCCUCAUCAUGGAGCUGAAGCUGCCUCCGACAGAUGCUUAUCACAAGUUGCGGUACUGCAUCGAAGACAUCAACGAGACCAUGGAGAAGCUCUACGACUCGGCCGGAACGGAAGUCGACGAACGAGUCUACUUUUCGCCGCUGAAGGGGAAUGUGAUCUUCUCCUCGGCUCUGUUCCGAAUGGUGUUCACCUUGGAGUCGUAUGCUGCAAUCUACGCCGAAACGCAUGGUUUCAGUUUUGACCACUUGAUUCUUGCUAAAUGCCUUUGGGGAGACAUGUACUACAACGCAGAGGAGCGCAAGUUUCAGAAAACCCCUCCAGAUGCGGAGCAGCCGCGCUCCUUCGUCCAGCCACCAGACUCCGGCAGAGAGCAGUGGCCGUUCGUCCUGGAGCCGAUCUACAAGAUCUUCGCUCAUUGCCUCGGCGAGGAGAAGGAGGACCUGGCACAGACCCUCGCAGAGGUGGGCAUCUAUCUCCACAAGCGAGACUAUGAGCUAGACGCCCGAGCGUUGAUCCGCAAAGUCUUCCAGCAGUACUUCGGCUCCGGUGGAGGCUUGCCAUCCUUUGUUGACAUGGUGUCUUGGCCGAACUGGGUGCUCGUUGCGAACAGCAGAACACGAGAGAAUGCUGCCAUAAAGGCCAGUAUUGCCAUGAUUAGUGGGAUGAAGCGGAUGUUUGCUGAUUGUUGGCGGGUAGAGAAGCUGUACUCUGGUGACCAAGACGGUGCAGUGUCAGAAGACAUGAAGAAGCUGGAUACCACAGGAUAUCUGAUGCUUCAUGUGGUGAAGCAGUACCACAGACCCGAUUGCAAUGCCUUUGAUGUCUUUGGUCGUGUCCUUUCCGGCACAGUCUUCCGUGGUGAUCGUGUGAAGAUCUUGGGAGAGACGUACUCGCUGGAUGACGACGAGGACAUGGCAAUCAAGGAGAUCCAAAAUCUUUGGAUCCUCGAGGGCCGGUAUCGUGUGGAAGUUAGCCACGUUCCAGCAGGAAAUUGGGUACUUAUAGGAGGCAUCGAGACGUGCAUCAAGAAGACGGCGACCAUCACGACUGCCUCGAACGAGGAAGAGGUCGAGAUCUUCCGGCCACUGCGCUUUCCGACGACCCCGGUCAUCAAGGUCGCCAUCGAGCCACUGCAGCCUGCGGAGCUGCCGAAGAUGGUCGAUGGCCUCAGGAAGAUCGACAAGGCCUACCCACUGUCGAAGACCAAAGUGGAAGAGAGUGGCGAGCAUCUUGGCUGCGUAGAGUUGUCGCCGUUCGUGUCCGAGUCUCCAAUUUGCGCCAAUUCGCUGCAUGUGCUCCUGGGCACUGGGGAAGUUUACCUGGACUGCAUCCUUCACGACCUUCGAAGGCUUUAUGGUGACCUGGAGAUCAAAGUGGCGGAUCCCGUCGUAGAGUUUUGUGAGACAGUGGUGGAAACCAGUUCCCUGAAGUGCUUUGCAGAGACACCGAACAAGAAGAACAAGAUCUACAUGGUGGCCGAGCCUCUGGAGAAAGGCCUCGGCGAAGACAUCGAGAAGGGCAAGGCCGGGGCGGAGUGCCGGUCGCGGUCGCGGUGCGACGUGUGCCGGUAG